AUGAAAGUAAAACUUCCUCGCCUUGGUUCUCUCCGUUAGGAGAAAAAAAAAGUCUGUAAAAUAAAAUCUCACGUUUUUCAGGUGAUAGACUUUGGUUCGAGCUGCUACGAGAACCAGCGCGUCUACACGUACAUUCAAAGCCGGUUUUAUCGCGCCCCGGAGGUGAUCCUCGGCGCCAAGUACGGCAUGCCGAUCGACAUGUGGAGCCUCGGCUGCAUCCUGGUGGAGUUGGUCACCGGUUUCCCGUUGCUGCCGGGCGAGGACGAGGCGGAUCAGCUGGCCUGUAUCAUCGAGCUGCUAGGCAUGCCACCGCCACACCUGCUGGAAUCCGCGAAACGGCGCAAGCAGUUCAUCAGCUCGAAGGGUUACCCGCGCUACUGCUCCGUCACGACGACGUCCGACGGGUCGAUCGUGUUGAACGGCGGUUUCUCCAGGAAAGGGAAAGACCGUGGCCCGCCAGGCUCCAGGAAUCUCCGACAGGUGUUGAAAACUUGCGACGACCCGUAUUUCUUGGACUUUAUUCACCGUUGUUUGAAAUGGGACCCGGAACAGCGGAUGACACCUGGCAAAGCGUUGAGACACGUAUGGCUGCGUCGUAGGUUACCAGAGCUUCCAGAGAAAACGAACGACGCUUUACCAGCGUUGCCGGCAGCCUCCGCGCCGCCCACCUCCGCGUCCGGCCUUCGUACUUCCGCGUCCGGUCGAAAGAGCUCGACCAAGUCGAACACCGUGCAGGCCAACAACGACACGGAGAACAAGGUGAAACAGCUGAACGACAUCUUCCAGACAAUGUCUACCAUUUAUACGGCGUUGCAGCGUAACGACGGAAGACCGAGAGGAAGAGGUCAUCCAACGAAUCAUCUGACGGGCAGCAUCAGCAGUCACACAUCCCUCAACUCUGUUGUUAGUGGCGAUGCUAGUAGUGGUGGUGGUGGUGGUGGUGGUGGUGGUGACGGUAGCAGUUGUAGCACUGCUGGUGGUCAACAGCAACAACAGCCGUCGCAACAGCAACAACAACAACAACAACUGCAACCACAGCAGCAGCAGCAUAGUCAUCAAUUGCAAGGAAAACAACAGCACAAUAAUGGUUCGCAUGGGUCGCAUGGAUCGCAUGGAUCUCAUGGUUCUCAUGGAUCGCACGGAUCCAACGGAUGGAGCAUAUCGUUCCUCGAGUGGCUCGAAGCGGUGGACAAUGAUUAG